CUGGCGCCCACAGCUCUUCAUGCUGAUAAGUGCUGUGACACAGGCAGGGAACAUUCAUUCAGGGCUGUGACGCGUCAUAUCCUCGGCAGCCCAGAGAGCUGUAAAGUUAAAUUAAAGAAACGCCAUCGCUGUGAUUUGGAGCAUUCAUAACACUGUUUAUGUUACAGUUUUAUGCACCCUGGCACGAUCGGCCGCGCAACAGAAGGUGAGCGCACAUGGGCGAACAUUUGUCCGUGGCAGUCGGUGGACGAAAAUAACGGGAAAAAGUUCUUCCACUCACAUAGGAGUUAGUGGGAGUUAUUAUGUCUCAGUGCGCUUCCCAUCGGAGGAGCACACCGGGGUCUUCUGCGGAGACACGUGGUAAUAGACCCCUGGAUUUAGAGCUGUCGGAAACCACUUUCAGCUCGCCUGAGGCAGAGACCCCAGUUAACACGGAGACUUUUCCUGAAAGACAACACAUGCCAGCAGACGGUAAAACCCGCAGAGAUGCCCCACCCGUCAGACUCAACCCGUACUUAUCAUCUCAUCCACGAAUGUCUGUGCGGAUGUCGGUGUACAGCACAGGGGUCCGACCGGUCCUCACGCGCACCUACAUCCAAGGACGCGUGUACAACUUUUUGGAAAGACCGUCUGGUUGGAAGUGCUUCGUGUAUCACUUCACAGUCUUCCUCAUUGUUCUGGCCUGUCUGUUCCUGAGUGUUCUCUCUACUAUAGAAGAGUACCAGAACUUGGCUCACACAACACUGUUUUGGGUGGAGAUCUUCCUGGUGGUGUUCUUCGGCUUGGAGUAUUUUGUCCGUCUGUGGUCCGCGGGCUGCCGCAGUAAAUACGUCGGCAUCCGGGGUCGGCUGCGAUUUGCCAGGAAGCCAAUAUCUAUUAUUGACUUGAUUGUUGUUGUCGCCUCAGUAAUUGUGCUGUCGGUGGGCUCCAAAGGACAGGUGUUUGCCACUUCUGCAAUAAGAGGGAUUCGCUUCCUGCAGAUCUUGCGUAUGCUGCAUGUUGACCGUCAGGGAGGAACGUGGCGUCUCCUGGGUUCUGUUGUCUUCAUCCAUCGGCAGGAACUGAUCACCACUUUAUACAUCGGCUUCCUGAGUUUGAUCUUCUCCUCGUACUUUGUCUAUCUGGCAGAAAAGGAUUGGGCGGGCAACGGUGACCAUUUCAGGAACUAUGCAGAUGCUUUGUGGUGGGGAGUGGUAACGGUGACUACCAUCGGUUACGGAGACCUGGUGCCACAGACCUGGAUUGGAAAGACAAUAGCAUCCUGUUUUUCCGUCUUUGCCAUUUCUUUCUUUGCACUGCCUGCAGGAAUUCUGGGCUCUGGCUUUGCCCUGAAGGUGCAGCAAAAGCAAAGACAGAAACACUUCAAUAGACAGAUCCCUGCAGCUGCCUGUCUUAUUCAGACUUCGUGGAGAUGUUUUGCAGUGGAGAACUUUGAGUCGGCCACGUUCAGGAUGUUUUUGAGUAGGAGAUCCAACGUCCCCACGUCAACUUUGUCCACACCCAAGUCCAAGAAAUCGGUGAAGAUAAGAAGGAAGCAGACAAACUCUGAUAAGGACAACGGCCCUGCCUCUCCCACAAUUCCCAGCAUCACCUUUGACUCUGUCUUUGAUGACAGGAAGGAGCCAAGUUCAGAUGUUUACAGCACUGUGGGCACAGACCGUCAGCAGUCAUGGACGUCUUUAUCCUCUCUUCAGUUCAGCUCAUCAUCUCCAGACAAAAGAAACCCUGGACUUUUGGACGUCCAGUCCUCUGGUCCUCUGCAGAGACACUGCAGCUUUGCAGAUGACCUGGAGCUGGAGUCGGAGAGAGAGAGCGAACUGACUCCCGUCACCUCCGUGUCACAACUGACAGAGUCACAUCGAACAGCCAUCAGGGUGAUCCAGAGGAUGCGGUACUUUGUUGCCAAAAGAAAGUUUCAGCAAGCCCGGAAGCCGUAUGACGUGCGGGACGUGAUUGAACAAUACUCCCAGGGUCACCUGAACCUCAUGGUGCGAAUUAAGGAGUUGCAGAGGAGAUUAGAUCAGUCUUUAGGGAAGAUAAGUUUGUUCCAGGCGAGCUCAGACAGGGCCAGAGACAAAGGCAACAACUCAGUGGGCUGCAGACUUAACAGGAUUGAAGAUAAGGUAACUCACAUGGAGCAGACGCUGAGCCACAUUGCAAAAUCCCUUGCUGUUUUGCUCGACCAGAGGGAUGUCGGCAGAGAUGAAGGCAGAGGCCGGUCGAGGCCGCAGCAUGGACUAAGCAGUAAUGUCGUACCCAGCCAGGAUAGCCUGCCAAGCUACGACCAGCUGUCUUCAUCACCUUAGUCCGUCUCCUCCAACAUGGCCAGUGCUGCAGCCUGCCCAACUCUGCCCCUCAGAACUGCUGCCAGUCAGGUUGGAAACUGCUAAAAUAAAAAAUCUUUUUUUUUCUUUUUUUUUUCAAACUCAUAAAUGGUUCCACAUUUCUGAAUGUGUUUAUCAGAAGUAGCAGCUGUUGCUUUGCAGAGCAGUAUUGUAAUGAAAUUUAUGCAAAAUAUCUCAUGAGACGUGCGAUACGUGUGAUGUAUGUGAGCAGGAAAUCAUCAUUCAAUGUUGCAACGGCUGCUUUUUCUACUUUGAUUGUUGAAUAUAAAUGUCUGUUACAAUAUUCUACUUGAAAUGUUUUUUUUUUUCAGAUUGAUUCCAGAGACACUGCUCUGACUUCAACAUCAUGUUUUAGCAUAUUUAGAAAACAAUGAUGCCUUGGUCUCCAUUGUGUCUUAUGAUUCAAAUAUAUAUGAUAUGCAGUAUAUUGUUUUAAAUGUGUUAUAUCGUAGAGUAGUGAAUUGUUGGUGCUUCACUUGAAAUGACUCACCUGAUUUAAACUGUAUCCACUAUACUAUAUAUUUUACCAUUGUUGAAUAAAGAGAAAUAAUCUGUAGCAAUAAAAAUGUAAACAUUC